AAGCCUUCAGGGCCAGGACGAUGACUGGAGACGCUAGGCCGGUAUUCUAGGAAUAGUAGGAACUGCACUGAAAUUUUGUAACCAAAUUCUUCCCUUCGGAAAUCCGCCAGGAGCGGCUCUGUACCUCGUUCACCUGGAGCUGACCGUGUUGGACGUUAAUGACCAGAGCCCAGAGUGGACAAUGGAGCCCUCGCCUUUCCUGGCUGCGGUGUUACCUUCUGCCGGCCCGGGAACACGCGUGUAUAAGCUACAUGCUAUGGAUAAAGACGAAGGCAUGAGCGGAGAAGUGGAGUAUUUCUUAUUGGAAGGUGGAGAAGACAGAUUUGUCGUUGACCGCAGCACAGGUUGGAUACGGACAACUAACCAGAGUCUACAGGAAGGUCAGGAGUAUCUGCUCAACGUGCAGGCCGCUGAUAAGCUUGGGAUGAGAGGUUCCCCGGCUGUCGUGUCUGUGAUCGCCGGUGUCAGACCCCCACAAUUUAAACAAGCUUCGUACACCGUACACGUUUCAGAAAGCGCUGCCCCGGGAAGCACGUUGGUGACCGUAUCCGCAAUAUCGCAUCAAAGCAAUCCCCUGAGCUACGGCAUGGUCGCAGGUCCCCAAAGCUUGUUCUCCGUUGACCGGAUCACUGGCCAGGUGACGCUCAUCAGGGCUGUAGAUUUUGAGAGUGACCCGCAACAGUUUCUACUGGGAGUUACCGCUGCCGAAAAGCCGACGGACCUGAAGAGCACCGUGCAGGUAGCCCAACAGACGGCGGGCAGGGUCUAG